AAGACCUGCACGGCUGGUCACUACUGCCCUCAGAUGUGUCAGGGCCAAGGCCAGACUCAGGGCUGCCCACCAUGCCCUGCAGGAUGUUCCUCUCCAAGGCCUCUGAGUGCCUGGCCUGCCCCCCUGGACAUUUCUGCGCAGCAUCCGGCCUCACUGCCCCCUCAGGACUCUGUGCCCCUGGCUACUUCUGUCUGGUGGGAGUCUCCUCCCCAACCCCAACAGGCCUCUCAGAGCAUGGAGGCCCCUGUCCCCGGGGCCACUUCUGCCCCCGGGGGACCAGCCUCCCACUGCCCUGUCCUGCUGGCUCCUAUGGCUCCCUCCCUGGCCAGGCCUCCUGCUUCACCUGCCCUGCCGGCUACUACUGUCCCGAGAACAUCACCGACUACAGGGAGCACCCCUGUCCCCCUGGCUUCUACUGCCCCCGAGGCACCAAGUACACCACCCAGUUCCCCUGCCCGCGGGGCUACUAUAACCCAGAUGCACUGACUCACAGCCUGGACAGCUGCCUGCCCUGCCCCCCAGGCCACUAUUGCGGGCAGGAGAAUCUGACCCAAGCUUCAGGACUCUGCGAUGCAGGCUGGUUCUGUGUGCUGGCGGCGUGGACUGCCCGACCCUUCGACCUGGACAACUACACCAGCACCAACUGCCUGUGCCCAGCCACGGCCACAGGAGGAAAGUGCCCCGCGGGCUCCUACUGCCCCAAAGGCAGCCCAGAACCCAUGCCCUGUCCACCAGGUUCCUUCUGUGCCACCUCUGGCCUCUCCACACCCAGUGGGCCCUGCCAGGCUGGCUACUUCUGUGCAGGAGGUUCUGCAUCCCCAGCUCCUGAGGAUGGUGUUACAGGGGCCCCUUGCCCCCCGGGAUCCUUCUGCACUGCAGGGUCUCACAGGCCCAUGCCAUGUCCCGCUGGCACAUUUUCCAGCCUCCCCAAGCAGUCCGUACCAUCUGCCUGCCAGGGCUGCCCGCCAGGAUUCUUCUGCAGGGAGGCUGGUCUUCAGGGCCCCAGUGGCCAGUGCCCUGCAGGCUAUUACUGUGACCCCAGUGCCGGGCCCAUCCAGGACUUCAGCCUGUACUCGUGUCCUCAAGGGUAUUACUGCCCCCUGGGCACAGCCAAGGCCACACAGCACAGCUGCCCAGUAGGCACUUUCGGAGCUCAGAAGGGGCUGAUGAAUGUGACCGAAUGCCAGCCUUGCCCUGCUGGGAAAUUCUGUGCACAGCCCGGGCUCACAGCUCCCACAGGGGACUGCUCUGCGGGACACUGGUGCAAGGCAGGAGCUGCCAGCAAGGACCCCACUGACGGGAACCAGGGCCUCCUCUGCCCCCCCGGGCACUACUGUCUCAAGGGAGCACCAGUCCCAGCCCCUUGCCCACCUGGUACCUGGUCUGUGGAAGGUACCAGAGUCCUAGAAGGAUGCCAACAGUGCUCUGAAGGACAGCUCUGCCCUGGGAGGCACCUACCAGCCUGGCCAGCACUUUGCCACUCAGGUGUACCCUGCACAGGAGGAACAGUCCCUGCCACUCCCACAGAGCAUCUUCCUGCCAGGCCCUGUCCCACUGGAUGCUUCUGCUUUGGGGGAACUGCAGACCCCACUCCAUGUGCUCCUGGCUCCUACAUCUCCAGCACUCACACAACAGAAUGUCUCGUCUGUCCCCAGGGGCACUACUGUGUUCCAGGGAUGAGGCCACAGCCGUGUCCCAGAGGCUUCUACUGCCCCAAAGGCACAGGCCUGGACUGGAAGCCCUGCCCUCCAGGCACCUACGGCCCUGAGCCUGGGCUGAGCACCCUGCAGGGGUGUCACAUCUGUGGUGGGGGCAGGUUCUGUCCAGAAGCCAACGCAACAGAAGCUGCUGGGCAGUGCUGGGAGGGCUUCUUCUGCACCAGGGGCUCUACCCGACCCAACCCGGAGCCUAGCACUGAAGAGGAGGCUGGCCCUUGUCCUCGGGGACACUACUGCCCAAGAGGCUCUGCUGGGCCCCAGCCCUGCCCCCCUGGCACCUUCAACCCUUGGAUCAAGCUUGGCUCAGAGGCUGCCUGCUCCCUGUGCCUGCCCGGCCACUACUGUGGAUCUGCUGGCCUCACAUACCCUUCUGGACCCUGCAGUGAAGGCUUCUUCUGCCUUGGAGGGUCCAUCACUCCAAACAGAACCAUAGAAGAUGGGACCGGUGGCCCAUGCCCUGCAGGACACUUUUGCCCCCUGGGCACAGUCUCCCCAAAGCCUUGCCCAGCAGGCACUUAUAAUACCCGGAUUGCUCAGGGCUGCUGUGAACCAUGUCCCCAAGGAUUCUUCUGCCCAGCCAACACCUCCUCCAUAGUGGGGAAUGAGUGUCCCACUGGUCAUUACUGCCCAGCCUCUACCGCCUUCGCUUCACAGUUCCCCUGUCCCCGGGGCACAUACAAUCCACAGAGAGGGGCUGUCCAGCAGUCAGACUGCACCCCCUGUGAGCCAGGCUCCUUCCUCCCCAUCCCGGGUGCCAUGUUGGUGGAGGACUGUCAGCCAUGCCUGGCAGGCUGGUUCUGCUCCCGGGCCGGCCUGAGCUCCCCGGAGGCCCUGUGUGAAGGAGGCUGGUACUGCCCCAGGGCCUCUGUCUCCGGGCACAGUCCAGACACCAUCUGUCCACCUGGGCACUGGUGCCCCUCUGGCAGCCUGGAGCCUCAGCCCUGCCCCCCUGGGCAGUAUCAGGAUGAACAUGGACAGAGCUUCUGCAAGACCUGCCCUGCGGGGAAGUUCUGUCCUGUAGGGACCAAGGGGCAAGGAGCCAGGCCUGUGAGGCCAGUGGACUGUCCUGCUGGCUACUACUGCCCUCCGGGUACUCAGAGCCCAACCCAGCAUCCAUGUCCCAGGGGCACCUUCCGAGAGAGGCCAGGGGCACUCAGCGCUAAGGACUGUAGACCCUGUCCUGCAGGACAAUUCUGUGCUGAUUCAGGGCCUGGGAAGCGCUUUCCAGAUGGGCCAUGCUCAGCCGGAUAUUACUGUCCCCCUGGCCAGACCUCGGCUACCCCCAAGUCUUUCCGGUGCCCCAGUGGCUUCUACUGUCCUGAGGGAUCUACACAGCCAAGGGGCUGUGAGAAGGGAACCUUCCAGCCCCAGGAGGCACAGGGUUCUUGUGAGCCCUGCCCUGCGGGUUUCUACUGUGAAGCCUCCAGCGCAGACCUGCCAGCCCGUGGCCCCAGCCUGUGUCUUCAGGGCUACUUCUGUCCCCCUGGCUCGCACUCGGCCACUGCUCACCCAUGUCCUCGAGGGACAUUCGGGCCCAAGCAAGGGGCCACUGCACAGCUGGACUGUGAGCCAUGCCCAGCAGGGAUGUUCUGCUCAUCAGAAGGGCUACCUCAGCCAUCGGGUCUCUGCCACUCUGCUCACUACUGCACAGGGGGUGCCAUGUCUCCCACCCCCAUCAAACACCAAGUAGAGGCCCCCGGACUUUCUGGGAAUGACAUCUGUCCCCCUGGCUUCUUCUGCCCCAAGGGAACAGGGUUUCCACUGCCAUGCCCCCCUGGUUUCUACUCCGCUGCCCCUGGCCUAGACAACAAGGACCAGUGCCAGCCAUGCCCUGUGGGGUACUACUGCAGCCAACCUGGGAUGUCCAGCAUCAUGGAGGCCAGCCUGUGCCACGCAGGAUAUAUCUGCCUGGGAGGCAGCGCUGUCCCCUCACCCUCUAACGGGACCUAUGGAUACCAAUGUCCCCCUGGUUUCCAGUGUCCCUCGGGGGCUCACCGUGAGCUGCCCUGUAAACCUGGUACCUUCAGUUCGUUGCCUGGUUCCGCUUCCUGCCUGGCCUGCCCACAAGGCACCUACUGUCCUCAGGCUGCCACUGUACAGCCCAUCGCUUGCCCCAAAGGUCACUACUGCCCAGCAGGGACAUCCUCCCCUCGCCCCUGCCCAGAGGGAACCCUGAGCCCAAGGGAAGGUGCUGUGUCCCCCAGGACCUGCCUGCCCUGUCCUACAGGGAGUUAUUGCUCAGGGGAAGGCAAUGGGCAGCCUGAGGGACCCUGCUCAGCUGGUUACUACUGCAAAGGGGGUGCGGCCAGCCCCACCCCCUGGGGAAAUGGUGCCUUCCCCCUCAAUGGGCCCUGUCCCCAAGGCCACUACUGCCCUAAGGGUACUCUGUACCCAGUGGCCUGCCCCCUGGGGACAGCAAGAAACAGUCCUGGCGGCACCUCUGAGAAGAGCUGUGGGCCCUGUCCGGCUGGCUUCUUCUGCCCCAGCCUAGGCCUCAGCUCAGCCACCAAGUCCUGUGUGACCGACUCCGACCACCCCUUGGCGCCUGCAGUUCUCCCCUGCCCUCAGGGUCACUUUUGCCAACCAGGAGCUGCAUGGCCUGCCCCAUGCCACCGUGGGCACUACCAGCCCUCCUCAGGCUCAGAUACCUGCCUCCUGUGCCCAGCAGGCUCUUACUGUCCACAUCCCGGCAGCACAGUGCCCAGGCCCUGCCCAGCCCACGCCUACUGCCCAGCCGUCAAGUCCAGGUCAUGUCUUCCUGUGCUGGGCACUGGGCUCGCGGUAGGUGCCCAUGUGAGUAUACUUCUGCCCAGCCUUCCCCGGCUGUCCAAGGUCCACUGCCCACUGUUCUUCUCUUCAUCUGCUGCCCACCUGUGCUCCCGGCCCUGCCUGCUUUCUAAGGGCUGCAGGAGUCCGAAACUACAGAUGUCGGAUCGUCUCAGUGCCCAUUCAGGCCCCCAGGGAGAGAUCGCCUAAGUGCUGCACAGGAAGGGUCUGGACGACGGCACGAUGACUCAGCAGGCUCUGGACGACGGCUCGAUGACGCAGCAGGCUCCACAGCAGAGCACAGGGACCCGCGCUGGCUCUGCCCAAGUUUGAGUCCUGCUGCACUGAACACACCGUGUAUGAUCCACACACAAACAAGCUCACACGUGGGUGUGUGCACACCUGUGCUCAUGUGUGGAUGAAUACGUGUGCUCAUACACACACAUUCAGAGCCUAGCAAGCAAAUACGUAUCUACACAUUUCAGCAUCCUUCUCAUGUCCUAGGUAAACCUGGAAGAAAUCUUCCUACUGAUCCCAGGAGCUCUUGAAUGUGUUUCUUUUGUGACUGUGUGACCCUUGGAGAAGCACAUAUUUGUUCUUCAUGCCU